AUGGCUAGGACGAUGACGUGGGCGAUAGCGAGGGGCCAUGGGGCGGGUGAUGGCGCGGGCGAUGGCCUGGGAGAUGGCGGAGGGUGGGGGAUGGCGCGGUCGAUGGCGUGGGCGACGGUGUGGGCGAUGGCGCAGGCGUUGGAGAAGCGAUGGCGUAGGGGCGAUGAGGACGGGCAGUGGCGCGACGACGCGAGUGAUGGCGCGAGCGUUGGUGUGAGCGGGCGCGGGGGCGGGCGCGGGCGCGGGGGAGGGAGCGGGAGCGCGGCCUCAGUGGCGGCCGCGGAUGCGGAUCUAGUGCUGGCUUUGCAAUGGUCGGACAUUAAUAAACAAUACGCUUGCGCAAGGGAAAUUGCGAUUGAAGUGUGGUCCGCACGCCGAAAUUUAAAGUUCGGAAUUACAGAAAGAAGAUCAGCCCCUUGGAAGGCGCUGCUGGCGGGGGGCGCCGACCCCAACGGGCCGUUCGCGGCGCACCAGGACGGCACCACGCCCCUGCACGCGGCCGCCUACCGCGGCAACCACGCGUGCGUUGAGGUGCUGCUGCGGGGCGGCGCGCACGUGAACGUGCCGUGCAGGCGCGGCUUCACGGCGCUGCACGCGGCCGCCGUGCCGGGCCACGUGGCCUGCGCGCGCACCCUGCUGCUCGCCGGCGCGGACUGCUCGCGGCGCGACGCGCUCGGGCACGUGCCCAUGUGCUACGCCGUGCAGAACGCAAACGUGCCGCUGGCCAGGGUCAUCCUCCAGCACCAGGCGGCCGCGCUCGCCAAGAACGGCAAAACGCUGCGGGACGUGUACGGCGCCGACGCCCCCAAGUGCCGCCACAAUUUGAGCACGGCGUUCGCCCAGUGGCUUCCUGCUGCGUACAGGAAGUAG